GUGUGCGAGAACUCGUGAAGCUUCCAACUUUUCCGAAAAUUUCAAUCGCGCGGCGCGCAACACAGACUGAAACCCCAAUCCAACCUCAGCUCGCCGGCGAUGGCGACGAUGGCCGUCAUCCGCCGCGCCGCUCUUGCCUGCCGUGUCCAGCGCCGCCUCCUCUCCCACUCCGCUGCCUCUUCACCCUCCGACGCACCAGCACCUUCUUCCCUCCUUGGCUACUUCUCCCACCCCUUCCAUCCGCGAGACCCCAAGGUCCCGAACCCGUACAGGCACCCGCCGACCACCGCCCCGACCUUCCACCCCCUCACCGCGUCGUCCCCGCGCCUCUCCCUCGACUUCAUCCCCGACAUCUCCGACCUCUUCCUCUGCGACUCCCACCUCGGCCUCCUCCUCCUCCGCCACAAGGUCGACGACCUCGACUCCUGCAACCGCAGCUUCCACGUCUGCGACCCGGUCUCGCGGCGCCACGCGCUGCUUCCACCGCCUCCCAUCGACAGCUUUUCGGGCGGCAAGGUCAUCGGCGCCGCGCUCCGCUCCCGCGGCGCCGCCGCGGACGACGGCCUCCAGUUCGAGGUCGUGUACGUCGCCGUCGACGGAGACCGCCCGCGCGCCUGGGUCGGCUCCUUCCGCGACGGGUGGUGCCGCUGGAACGCGCUGCCGCGGUCGCGGGAGGUCACCAUCGACUUCGACCUCAUGAGGUUCGAGCGCAUCUGCGUGCACGCCGCGGGGGGCAUGUACUGGCACAUCCUCAACAGCCACUUCGUGCUCGCGCUGGACGCGGCGACCUUGGAGUUCUCCCGCCUGCCGCCGCCGGCCAUGAUGUGGGGCGCAGGUGAAAGCUGCAAGUACCGAGUCGGCGAGAGGCCGGAGGACGGGCAGCUGUGCGUCGCCUCGCUAGAGGAGGACGCGAUGAUGCUGUGUGUGCGAGGAAAUGGGGAAGGCAGCGACAAUGGCUGGGUUCUGGAGCGGCACGCGCCCAUGCGGAAGGUGUUCGACACCGUGCCGUCGCUGCCCAAGGACCCGUUGACACGGCGUGCCAAGCUGUGGCUCAGCGACGUCGACGCUGGGCGUACCGGGAGGCUCUUCGUCCAUACCAUCGGGUAUGGCAGCUUCGCGUAUCAUAUGGACACGGGCAAGCUGGAACGCCUUGCUACGGAGGAUGGCUUGGCAUACGGGCGCCCAAUCUUGGCCUACUUCUCCGCUCCAGAUGCCUCUUCUUCUGCAUAACUUACUUUCAGGGUGUUGACUGUGUGACUGGGAGGAGGUAGCUACAUAAGCUACAAUUUCUUUUGCCUGAUGUCAGCCCACGGAUUAGCAUUUGUCGAUGGCAGGUGUCAUUCCUCCUUCACUAAGGCAUUCAGUAACCAGGAAUUUGUAACUUUUAAGCUUGUUUUGCUUGAAUUUGUAACUUUGAGUCACUUAGUUUGUAGGCAUAUCGACCGGUUAGAUAUACUUCUGGGGGUUGUCUAUGUUUCAAUCGUUUGAAGUAUUCUUAAGGCUUAAUCGAUUCAGGAAAGUGCAACGAUUAAUUAAGGCUAAAUCGAUUCAGAGAAGUGCGACUAUUGAGAUCUAGCGGAACGGAGUUCUUUGAGUAACAUGCAAAUAUAUCUUCAUGUUGUUUUAAUUA